AUGUCUUCUGCAACUAUGGAUUUCUUUAGGCCAGAUGAAUAUCUGCCUUUGCCGACCAAGGAUAUCCUCUCUUGGAUCUUUGACGAUCCCCAGUAUGAUCAAGACAAGCCAAUCUAUAUUAAUCCGCACAAUGCCUCGGAAUCAAUUUCGUGUAAUCAGGCUCGAGUGUUGGUUCGGAAACUUAUUGCCGGCCUGAGGGCAAACGGCUUCAAAAACGGCGAUUGCCUAAAUGUCCACUCGUUCAAUGACAUCUACUACCCCAUACUCUUCCUUGCAGUGAUUGGUGCUGGCGGUGUCUUCGCGGGGACGAAUCCAAGUUACACCCAAUUUGAGCUGUCACACCAUAUCAAAACCGCUCGGGUCAAUUUCCUGAUUUCGGAGCCCGAAAUUUUGGAAAAUGUCCUCUUAGCGGCCAAGGAUAAUAAUAUCCCCUCUUCGAGAGUUUGGGUUUUUAACACUAAUGGACGACCUCUGCCACCUGGUUGCAGUUCAUGGACCGACCUCAUGAACUACGGCGAAGAGGAUUGGGUACGGUUCAAUGACCUAGACACAUGUAAGAAUACCACAGCAGCGAGGCUAUUCAGCAGUGGAACCACUGGGCUCCCCAAAGCGGCUGUGAUCAGUCAUUAUAAUCUUAUCGCCCAGCAUGAGCUGGUUUUUGGGGUGAUUUCCUUACCGUAUGAGAUUUCGCGCAUCGUGGCAGUUCCAAUGUUUCAUGCAUCCGCUGUGCCGUCGACACAUACCAGUGCACUCAAAGCCGGACAUGUCGUCUACGUCAUGCGCCGUUUCGAUCUUGAAGCGUUUCUAAAGGUCUCUCAGAAAUACAAAGUCACUGAGGCCUCUACCGUUCCACCAAUGGCCGUUGCUAUCGUUAAAUCGCCAUUGUCCAAACAACCUUUUUUGAAAAGUGUACGGAGCGGAGCAGUGGGCGCUGCUCCUCUCGAUAAAGGCGUUCAAGCGCAGUUUCGUGCUUUGUUGAGCGAACGAGGGAGAUACACCCAGGUAUGGGGCAUGACUGAAACUUCCUGCGUUGCGACAAGGUUCCCUUGGCCGGAAGAUGACACUACAGGCUCUGUUGGGCGGCCUAUCCCUUGCCUUGAGAUGAAGCUCAUAGACGAUUCCGGCAACAACAUUUCUGCCUAUGACACCCGCGGCGAGAUUUGCGUUCGUGGUCCAACUAUCAUCUCGGGCUACUUUGAGAAUCCGCACGCGAACGCUGAAUCGUUUGACUCUGACGGCUUCUUUAAGACGGGAGACAUCGGCUACUGCGACAGCAAGACCAAGAAGUGGUAUAUCGUCGAUCGUAAGAAGGAACUUAUCAAGGUGCGUGGAUUCCAGGUAGCACCGCCGGAGAUCGAAGCCGUGCUGCUUUCUCAUCCUUUGAUCAUGGAUGCUGCCGUCAUUGGGGUGACUUUGCCAGGGGAAGAGAAGGUCGAGCACCCGCGGGCCAUUGUGGUCAGGCAGCCGGUGCCAGAGGCGCAGAGCUUGAGUGAAGAGGAGGUGAAGAGAUUUGCGGCCGCCAGGUUAGCCAAGUAUAAGAGCUUAACGGGUGGAGUGAAAUUUGUGGAUUCGAUCCCGAAGAAUGCGAGUGGGAAGAUUUUGAAGAGAUUGCUGAGGGAGCAGGCGAAGGAGGAGAUUAAGCAGGGACUGGUGGUUCCGAAACUAUAA